AUGGGGUUUCCUGCCCUUGAUCCAGGGCCCCGGGGUGGGGGGGCAGCGGGGGUCUCCUCCCCGGCUGCCCCGUGCCCGGGGCUGUUCUGCCCCCCGGGAGGGGCGCGGGGGGGGCUGUGUCACCCGGUGUCACCCCCGGGUGUUUCUGCCCCCAGGCCCGGCGCUGUGGCUCCUGUUCAGGCUCAGCUGCUCCACCAGACGCCGGCGGCCGAUCGUGCAGACAGCGCUGUGCAGGUCCAGAAGAGCUCUGCUGUGGUCCAGAAGAAGUCCUUUGUCCCCAGCAGCCGGGGCGAGUACAUUGUCACCAAGCUCGAUGACCUGGUCAACUGGGCCCGGCGGAGCUCCCUGUGGCCCAUGACCUUCGGGCUGGCCUGCUGUGCCGUGGAGAUGAUGCACAUGGCAGCCCCCCGCUACGACAUGGACCGCUUCGGGGUCGUGUUCCGCGCCAGCCCCCGCCAGGCCGACGUCAUGAUCGUGGCAGGGACCCUCACCAACAAAAUGGCCCCGGCCCUGCGCAAGGUCUACGACCAGAUGCCCGAGCCUCGCUACGUGGUGUCCAUGGGGAGCUGUGCCAAUGGUGGAGGGUACUACCACUACUCCUACUCUGUGGUGAGGGGCUGCGACCGCAUCGUGCCCGUGGACAUCUACGUGCCAGGUUGCCCCCCUACAGCUGAGGCUUUGCUCUACGGGAUCCUGCAGCUCCAGAGGAAAAUCAAGCGGGAGAAGAGGAUUCAGAUCUGGUACAGGAAAUAGCCUUUAUUUAUGUCCCCUCUGCCCCCGGGCACCGCUCACGUCACGCACAAAUCCGGGGCCUCACGCGCCUUCAAUAAACCUCUACCUGCUCGAGGUGCUUCUCUGUCUUUAAUAAAUCCCUGUGAUGGAAAAACUGGACUGAAAAAACUGGACUAAAAAGCUGGAGCUGAACUUGGUAACACUCAGUGUGUUGGCUUGUGCUCUGAACAACCUGAGGGAAGGAGAAUGAUGUCAUGUCACGACAUAAAGGCCUUGCCAGAAGCUGGGAUGUGCUUUUUAGUUUUAUUGGGAAGUUUUGAGACCAGCACAUGUCCAGGUGAUCCCUGAGCUCUUUCCUUACUCACCAGCUGCUCAUGUUGAUAAUUCCCACACGAGAUCUAGUAGAUCCAUAAUAUCUGUGUGCACAGGGGCCAGGCAGUCAUUCUGUUUGUGUAACUAAGUAAAAUAUUAGUGCUUAAAAUCACAAUCUGACUAAUAAAACCGAAUGCAGAGCUCCUUAGCAGAGUAGGGAUAAAGCAGCCUGUCCUGGCUGCAUCCCAGGAGUCUGGGGUAAGGAAUGGUGGUGGCAGAGUGACAAACACACUUUGGAAAGACAAAUAAAUAGCUCGGGAACAGAA